AUGACUCGUACUCAAUCCUUGUUUUCUAUAGGAGAGGAUGUAGGAAAGGCGAAACUACAAAGAGUGAAUUACAAAUACAUCAUCUCAGUAGUGAAGGAGGGGAAAAAUCUUCAAAAUGUAUGGGACAAGUUCUCAGAUACCAACGUGCAUGUUUAUAUCUCGAUAGAGCAGGGUAACGUGACGUUGAAUAGGCUGACCUAUGGUGACGAUGGCGACGUCUUGAGUAGAGUGGUUGCAACACUCGAUCUCGGGUCGAUAAAACCGAGAUAUAUUGCUGUGUUUGCCACGCACAUGCAGUACUGCCCAUCGUUUAUUUCGGGGAUAGAUACAGUCUUUGACGUAUGGCUGAGAGGACAUCCAUUGAACGUGCAAGGUCAGAUAGACGAACAUUUACCCCCACGCGAAUAUCUCAACACUUGCCUCCGGGACGUGCUCCUGAGUAUGAUCGCAAUAGUCUUGUUGAAGGAGCCCACAGAUCAGGUAUAG